AUGUCUUCCUCCGGCUCUUCCCCAUCCAACACGUCGACUGCUGGCAGCACAUCAGGCUCUGGACAGACGUACCAGCUCCCCUAUGCGCCAUUCCCGUACCCGAUGCCUGCCAACCCCCGCGGGUCAGGACAGCAGCAAGGAGGCCAAGGUAAAUAA